AUGUCGACCCUCACCAGCUACACGCGCCGCAUCGACUUCAAGGCUCUCCUCCGUAAUGUCCUCACAUUGCCAUCGACGCGCAAACCCCUCAGCGCCCUGGCCAUCCUGGGCCUCAUCUACGCCGCCAACAAGGCGCUGACGAGAUGGUACCUCUCAACAUCCUCCCGCUGGGACUGGCGCAAGGAGAUCGUCCUCGUCACAGGCGGCAGCAGCGGCCUAGGCAACCUGGUCGUCCGAAACCUCGCCAAGCUCGACAUCAAAGUCGUCGCCGUCGACAUCCAGCCGCCGCUCACGCCCCUCCCGGGCAACGCGCACUACUACCAGCUCGACGUGACCUCGCCCGAGGCGAUCCGCGAAGUCGCGCGGCGCAUCCGGAACGACGUCGGGGACCCCACCGUGCUGGUCAACAACGCGGGCGUCGGGACGGGGAAGCCGAUGCUGGCGGAGAGCGAGGGGGAGAUACGCAGGACGUUCGAUGUCAACAUCGUCGCGCACUUCUUUCUGGUGCAGGAGUUCCUGCCGUAUAUGAUCCGGGAGGAUCACGGGCAUGUUGUGACGAUUGCGAGUAUGGCGACUUUUCUGACGAUCGCGUCGAAUGUUGGGUAUUCGUGCUCGAAGGCGGCUGCGUUGUCGUUUCACGAGGGAUUGGGGCAGGAGUUGAGGUAUAGGUACAAUGCGCGGAAUGUCUGCACAAGCAUCUUUCACCCCAUGUUCACCCGCACGCCUCUGAUACAAGCUGCGACUGAUAAGGGAGACUUUCCGGACGAUCUGCUUGAUCCUGAGUACGUCGCCGAAGCCAUUAGUAGACAGAUUCUCGGGGGCAAGAGUGGGCAAGUCUUUUUGCCGGCGCGCUUCAGCGUGGUCUCUGGGCUUCGAGGGUUUCCGACGUAUUUGCAGGAGUUAGUGCGGGCGUCGAAGGCUCAUGUUUUGGAUGGUCGGCCUUUCUGUUAG